AUGGUGCUCGAUGUCGUCGUGGAGUUCCGCGCCAUUCGCGACGUCCGCGUCAUUGGGUUCUACAGCGCAAAGGAUCCACGAUCGGACAAGCAGUAUGUUGUGUACGUCAUCGAAGUCACCACUGUCGAUCCGUCUGCGGCGACGUCGUCGUUUCUGAUCUACCGGCGAUACUCUCAAAUUGCAAUCUUAUCAACGAAACUCCACUACGAGACCACCGUUGGGCUACCACCCAAGUAUGCGUUGCAGCCGUACCCGCUUACAGCGGAGCAGCUUGCACAUCGGUACGACGGGCUGCGACGGUUUGUCGACGAGAUCUUUGCUGCACUGAAACUCGUCUCCGGGAUCGAUGCGGCACCUCCGCCUUGUUCCACCGUUGUCCCUCGCGACAUCCAGAUGUUUUACGAGUUUCUGCAUACACACAAGAACCGCCCUCCGAUGCCGCUGCACCCGCCGCUGGCGGAUUGGGCCACCCCCGGAGAAAUGACCUCGUCCACAUGCAGCAACGGGACCUCCUCUCGCUUUUCUUCUAUCUCGUCAGAGUCGCUGAGUGUGGCGGCAGCACGAUGGGGUGACGACGAAGGCAGUGUCGCGGGCGACAUGGAUGAACAAGUCGACGACUCGAGCCUGGUCGUCCUUGAUAACGACGACGCGGCGAUCCAAGAGAAAUCCCCCUUGGAGCUGUCAAACCACCUCCGCAACGACGUGCUGCAAGUGGAAAGCCAGUGCCAUGCGCUGUGGAACGUUGUGCAGGCGUAUCUCCACGCGGCUCAAUCGUUUUCUCAGGCGACGCUUGCCGUGGAAGCUGAGAUUGCCCGGUUGUCGAGAAUGCCAUUGCUUGGCCAAAGCGGCACUUUCGUCGAAGACAGGAAUGCCGAGACAGGGGUUUCGAUCGCCCAAACGACCAAAGACGCCGAACAACCCCCGACGCGUCCGUCGACAUCGUCGUUCACGUCCUUCUCCAUGGAGCCGUGGAAGGUAUUGCAGGAAAGUUGCGGCCUCAACGUCGUCGCGCCCAUUCGCCAGCUAUGCCAUGAGGUUCUUCCCGAAGUGAAAGCGACCUAUUGGGGCUGCCUGGCGCCAUCCACCCACCGCGGUGGAUCCGCUGCGCCGCUGUAUCCUGCCUUUCGAUACCUCCGCGAACGAGAGAGUCUCCAAGCAUCGCUGCAAACAACUUUAACCGACGUCUCAACAGCCUUUCGUGCGGCUCACAGCGGCUUUCUCACAUCGCAAAAUCCACUCGACACCACCCCAUUCUCCAAUGAGAUGCCUGUUUUCACGAAUCCUGGGACACACGACCUACACAACAUCGCCCGUGCGGCUACCAAACGGCCUCACGACAGCGACAUCGAGGGUGACAUGUCCUCCGACGAUCACGCCUGCCCAACGUCUCCAAUUCCUCUCGUGAACAGCAACAGCGAGUCAGCGACUUCCACGACAGUCCCUCAAGUGUAUGUGUGGGGUCGAUUACCCGACGCAACGACACCGUUGCUGCGACCCACCCCUCAGCCCAUUCGCAUCGGCCAAGACAUUGCCCAGGUUGCGUGCGGUGGCGACCGCCUCCUCUUUCUCACAGUGUCGGGCGAAGUGUACAGCUGCAACCCAGACGAAAAAGGGCAAACCUUGGAAACUCCCCAGCUGGUCGAACAGUUUGCCCUCGACAAAGCCCUCCACUCCACCAUUGUGGUCACGGUCGCUUGUGGUCCGCAGCACGCCUUGGCCAUCACCCACGUUGGCGAAUUGUACUCGUGGGGAAGUGGCGAAGACGGACGUCUGGGCCACGGCGAUAUUCGCGAUCGACCCGUUCCACGAAAGGUCAUGAGCUUGCUGGGAGAAAGGGUAGUACAAGGCAGCUGUGGUGGCGCACACACGGCAGUGAUUUCCGCGACAAAUCAAUUGUUUACGUUUGGUCGGGGCAAACACGGGCGCCUCGGCCUUGGUUCCUCGGGACUGUUUCGCAUGACACCAACUCCAGUCUCGUCCAACGUGGCAUGGAAGCACGUGUGCUGCGGAUGGAACUUUACCAUCGCGCUGAGCAUGGCAGGACGUGUUUACAGUUGGGGUAAGCAGGCCGAAGGACAGUGUGGCUUGGGUUACGUUGAGGCCGACCAGCACAGCCCUGUUCAAAUUGAUGCACUCCGUCCGUACAAUAUUGUCGGCGUGGCGUGCGGGUACACGCACACCCUGGCUGUAUCGGACAGCGGCGAGCUGUUCUCGUGGGGCCUGGGCGAGUACGGCCAACUGGGGAAAGAAACCAUCUACCAACCGGUGCCACAGAUUGUGGAUGUUUCAACGUGCCUCGCGAUGGAUCGGGUCCUUCAAGUCUACUGUGGAGCCUUCCACUCGGUCGCAACCACGGAACGGAAUGUGCUGUUGACGUGGGGGCUUAAUGUGUACGGCGCUUGUGGCCUGGGCCAUACGACCAACAAGGACUCGCCUGAGCGACUGGACUGCUUUGAUCGAGGCCAUGAGCUCCUCGUCGUGUGCGGCCACAAAUUCACGAUGGUUCUCGAACGGGCGUCGGGGUCGCACGUCGAGCUCGGGACGCAGCCGCCAACGACGGGAAGUUUGCAAAAGGAAGAGGACCUUCGCCGUACGAAGCGGCUGUGGCGCACUCGGAUCUUGGACAACUGGGACGCCACAAAAGACUCGCCGUUAGCGCAGACGUUGUGGCGCCAGGGCAUUCCACCGUCGUUGCGGUCCAAGGUGUGGCCACUGGCCAUCGGGAAUACUCUCAAAAUCACCCCUGCCAUGUAUCAAUUGUACCGGCAACGCGCUAGCCAAACGCGUCUGGGCAACGUGCACCUUUCAAACGGCCGCGAACACACCGUCCGGCUCAUCCACACCGAUCUCCCCCGCACGUUUCCGACGCUCAAGCUGUUCGACACGAGCGGACCGUACUUUGAUUUUUUGCGUGAAGUGCUUGAAACGUACGCAUGCUACCGCCCCGAUUUGGGAUACAUUCAAGGGAUGUCGUAUAUCGCGGCGCUCCUGUGCCUGCACAUGCCAACCGAUCGGUUCCUGACAUUCCAGUGCCUCGCCAACGUAAUGGUUCACGAGCACCUCUUUACGUUCUACUUGCUCGACGUCGACUUGGCCCACAACUACUAUAUGUGGUUUGACGAGUUCUUCAAGAUGGAAUUGCCCCAACUAUUUCAACAUUUCAACUCCAUUGGCGUCCCGACAAGCCUCUUUCUCAUGAAUUGGCUGCAAACGCUGUUCCUCCAAGUGCUUCCGCUAGAAGUCGCGUCGCGGGUGUUUGACAACUUUUUGCUGGACGGCGUCCUGUUUCUUUUUCGCACGGCGCUGGCCAUCCUGACGCUGCUGGGUCCGACCCUAUUGGAAAACGACUUGGACGUUGCGCUGCCGCUGCUCCAGCGACACUACCAGCAUCAAAGCCGAUGGUUCGAGGCCCUGGCCGAAGACAAACUGUUUGCCACAAUCGCGGCAAUCCAUACCCCGUCGCACGUGUACAUGGGCGUCGAAACGUUGGUGCAAAAUGUUUAUUUUUACCUCCCCGGGACAGCGUCGGCGGCGUAUCCGCAGCAAAAAGUCAGGCGGUCGCGGUAUGCCCUGA